AUGCUCGCUCGUACCGCUUUACCCACCAAGACCACCGCGAGCUUCAACGGCCGUGUGGCGAAGCAAACGCGCACCGCGAAGCGCGGCGCGAAGGUUGCCGCGCGCGCGUUCGACGACGUGAACGUCGUCAUGUCGGCGUCCAACGCGCUCGCGCUCUACCUCGGUCGCUUCGUUUUCUUGCCGUACCAACGCGCUCAAGUCGAGCGUGUGGGUAUGCCGACGCAAAACGGCCAGACGCACUUCGCCGCGGGCGACACUCGCGCGGAGGAGGCGUCGUUCAUCACGUCCACGAACGACCCGGCUGGUUUCAACUUGGUCGACGUCUUCGCGUGGGGCUCCAUCGGCCACGCGAUCGGUUUCUUGGCCCUCGCGAGCCAAUCCGCGCAACAAAUGCUUUAA